AUGUCGCGGGCGGCGGGCGGCGAGUGCCGCAAGGAAGCGGCGGCCUGGGAGGGAGAGGACGGGCAGUGCGACUCGGGCAUCGAGUCGCUGCGCUCGCUGCCGGGCGCCAAGGAGACCCCCGCCGCCGCCGCCGCCGCCGCCGCCGCCGAGGUCCCUCCCGCCGCCCCCGAGACCCUCGACGAGACCACCGCCGCCGCCGAUGAGCGGCUGGACUCCAGCUACGGCUCCGACGCCCUUCCUGAGGCUCUGCCGGAGCUGCCGGGCGUUCCGGGGAGCCGUCCCGAGGAGCCGUCGCCGCCGGCCGAGGGGCUCAGCCGGCAGCAGCUGGAGGCGCUCACCUACCUUUCGGAGGACGGAGACACGUUGGUUCAUCUGGCCAUUAUCCACUGUGUCCCAGCUGUAGCACUCUGCUGCAUCGCUCAGCUACCCAGGGAGGUGCUGGAGAUACAAAAUGAUCUUUUCCAGACCCCACUCCAUCUCGCCGUGUACCUUGAGCAGCCCCACGUGAUCCAGGCACUGAUCCACAAGGGAGUGAACCCCGGGCUGCAGGACCGCAAUGGGAACACCCCGCUGCACCUGGCCUGUGAGCAGCAGCACCUGCAGUGUGCCCAGCAGCUGCUGGAGAGAGCAGCCCCACCGCAGGGCACAGCUCAGCCCCACAGGCACCACCAGGACCUGCAGCUCCAGAACUGGCAAGGCUUGGCCUGUUUGCACAUCAGCACCUUGAAGGGGAACAUCCCGAUGAUGUCUCUGCUGCUGGAGAGCGGUGCCAACAUCGAUGUUCGGGAGGGCACGAGUGGGAAGACCCCAUUGCACCUGGCUGUGGAGUGCCACAACCGCAAGGCUGUCCAGUUCCUGCUGCGCAACGGGGCGUAUGUGGAUGCCCAGAUGUACAACGGCUGCACCCCACUCCACCUCGCCGUGGGCCGCAAGGAUGCUGCCAUUGCUGCCAUCCUCUCACACUCUGGGGCUGACACCCUGCUGAGGAACAUGGAGAAUGAGACAGCCCAGGACUUGGCUGAUGGCAAUGAUGACCUCCUCGCCUUGCUGCCCUUCGAUGACCUGAAGAUCUCAGGGAAGCCUGUUGUGUGCUCUGAAUGAGCAGCUGGACUCCUUUGGCCCGUUGGGCUGCCUCCUUGCUCCGUGCUGCUGCCCUGCCGUCUGCUGGAACCUUGCCUGCCUGCAGUUCUGUAAGAGCAGAGUCACUCUGGGAGACUUAUCCCGCUGCUCCUCUGCCCUUUGGAAAAGUUUUGUUUGCCUCAGGCUGCCUUCCCAGACCGAAGAAAGUGACAUUAUGAGCACUACACGGGGGAGGCUUUUCUUUUAGUAUCUGUACACUGCAGCAGGACUGAAUUUCCCCUCCUGGCCACGGGUCUGACUUGUGGGGGUCUCCAGCACAUACAGGGAAGGAGCAGGAGAGGACUCGUUUUCACACUGCUUGGUGGACAGAGCAUCCUCUGGCACCCCCAAAUGCCAUCACAAUAAGCGUGGGGUGAGGAGAGUCUACACUCACUCUAAUAAAUGUUUGUUAUUGC